AUGGCGACCACCGCACCACUAAGCGCAAAAAGCAAGCUCGCCGGUCCUGGCGCAUCCCUGAAAAUCACCCCCUCCAACUCCCCCGUACUCAGACCUGGAUCCCGAUCUCCCAGCAAAUCCUCCCACCAAUCGAUACUCUCCCUCCAAACCGUCAUCGGAACUUCUACCACUACCCCUAAUGGAUUCUCCAGCCAUGAUCAGAGCAAGAGCUUUGCGCUGUGCGCCGGUUCUGCCGCUGUCCUUGCCGAACUUGAUGAUGACGCCAACGUCAUCCAACGAUUCUUUCGUGCUCGUCCCUCCGCCACCAGUGUGAACCCCACCUCCUCUUUCUAUAACCAAGGGACCCCUCCCUCUACGCCGGAUCCCCGAUCACGAUCCUUAUCCCACAUUCGCUCCAAUCCCCAUCUCAAUGUUCCCAAUGGGUCACCCUCGAGCGAACUCCUAGACAAUGGUAGCCCGCGCGCGUGGUCUUCAAGAGAAAGAGUCAAGGCUGUAACUAGUGUCUCCAUCAGUCCCAAUGGGCGAUUCCUAGCUGUAGGAGAGACCGGCUACAACCCUCGAGUUUUGAUCUUCUCUACCGCCAAAGACGCUCUACCAGACGUUCCGCUCUCCAUCCUCUCAGAGCACACAUUCGGUGUGCGCAGCAUAGCCUUCAGUCCCGACUCCCAAUACCUCGCUACCCUGGGCACCAUGAAUGAUGGAUUUCUCUUGAUUUGGGCUGUCAAUCUCAAGAAUGGAUCGGCCAGGUUACACUCGGCGAACAAGUGCACUUCUUUUGUUCGUGACAUGUGCUGGGUUGGCCAGUCGCUAGUUACAACCGGAGUUCGCCAUGUCAAAGUGUGGAGGCUACCAGCUCCCCAACGCCCCGUUUCCCCGACCAAGUCCCGGCUACACGCAGAUGGUGCGGCUCCGUCACCAAGCCCCGCUCCCAAAGCCCUCUCAGGAAGGAAUUGCCUGUUGGGAGCAUUAGGUGAUAACACAUUUAGCUGUAUAUCCAGCAUCUCGGAUCAAGAAGCGGUGAUUGGCACUGAAUCUGGUGCCCUCUGUCUCCUCGACGAUCGGGAAGGGUCUCAAAAGUUAUCCCUCGUGACCCAACUUGGAUUUGGAAUAAGUUCUUUGGCCGUUGAUUUCGAUCGGGAAACAAUUUGGCUUGGUGGUCGUGGAAAAAAGAUGCAGAAAUUAUCUUUCGACUCUCUCCGAAUAGCGCCGCCAUCGACCACCAUGUCGCCUGCCAGAUCGGGAAAAGUGACACCAGCACCAGAUAAGCUGAACAAGGCCCCUGCAAUCACCUGUAUGGGAUCCCUUUCCUCGCAUCUCGUCACAGUUGAGGCAAACCGCGAAAUCAAUAUCUAUUCGAUAGAUGCUUUGCGCGAUGAAGGCGAGCAAGAGAAUGGGCAGACUUCGAUGCAGGCCCACCGAGACCCAGUACUCGGUAUCCGACGCUUGGCGAAACCGAAUGAAUCUUCGGCCGACUUUUUCUCGUGGUCCCGAAACGGUACUGUCAAUUUCUGGGAGGCCCCGGACAAGUGUCUUUCCUCACAGACUGUGCCUCUUGAGCAAGCAGCUGCGGUGGACGAAGAUGUUGCCAAUGAGUUGAAGGUACUGAGAGCUGCAGACAAGGCAGAAUGGUUCGUGUCUGGUGACAAAUUUGGAGUGCUCAAGCUCCUCUCCUCCAACCCAUGGGCUUGUGUUACUGAAGCGCGUGCUCACGGCGCUGAGAUCACCGAUAUUGCCAUGCAUGUUUCAUCUGACUCUUGCUUGAUCGCUAGUUCUGGUCGAGAUCGCAUGGUCCAACUAUUCCAGAAAACCGAUGACACUCUGCAACUGAUCCAAACUAUGGAUGAGCACGUCGGGGCAGUGGGGCAGAUUUUGUUCAUGAACGACGGUGAGAAGCUGUUGUCGAGUUCUGCAGACCGGACGGUCAUUGUCCGAGAGCGUGCGACACGAGAGGAAAACGGAGCAACUUCAGUUGCUUAUCUUAUUUCUCGAGUCAUCACCUUGAAGGCAUCUCCCGUGUCCAUGGCGCUCUGCCCUGACGAUCCCAAUACGCUUUUUGUAUCGACAAUGGAUCGAAAUAUCUCAAAAUUCGACAUUCCCUCUGGGCGACAGCUACACUGCUUCCGUGCGUCCGACUCCGAAGGGAAUGAUGCCGUCAUAAUGGGAUCCUUGACUGUUAUGUCGGAAAUUCCGGGCCAAUGCCCGAAGCUCCUGAUCGGACUCUCAAGUACUGACAAGUCCAUUCGUGUAUAUGACCUGGAAAGAGAUGUCUUGCUCACUGGAGAGUUUGGCCACACAGAAGGCGUAUGUGACGUUCUGCUAAUGGAAGAAGCUGAUGAUUCGAACAAAUCAUCCUCGCAGCGAAACUUGAUAUCCGCUGGUAUGGAUGGUAUUCUGAUGAUCUGGAACCUGUCUGUGCAGCCUCAGCCAUCUCCUGAUCAGGCUAAUGGAAAUGAGGAUGACGGCCCGAUGAAGGAAAUGGCAGCAGCCAAGCCGCCUCUUCGCAAAGUGCUUUCGAGGAGCGAGUUAGCCGGGUUCCGCCCUGAGAAUCCCCUGGGAACACCCACACCAGUCCGCGAGCUUUCUCCGACCUUAUCGAAGAAACUAUCCAAGCUCUCCUUGACACCAUCAAACCUGAAGAACCAUUCGCUUGCAGAAACACCGUCGCCUCCCAAUCGUCUCUCGCCAACCUCCUACACUUCUGUGAAUCACAGUCGUCGAUCCCCUUCGCCAGUGAGCCCGAAAUCAAGACCUUCGGCUUCCAGGAAACCCAACAGUACUAGAAACACCAAUCGACGUACGUCCCUCGACUUCCGAACCCGCGCGAAACAAUCGACCCGCAGCGAGUUUGGCAGUCUGGAAAUGUCCAGCGAGCAAUUAUGUCGCACUCUACGAGCGUACCGAAAGAAGCUUCAUGGCUCAUCCCAGCAAAUAGAAGCGCAGAAAGAGCUCGAACGUGAACUCAGUCUCACGCUUCAUGCCGUGAAUGCGCGGUCACUCAGUGACGAAAGUGCGGAGACAGAAACAGACAGUAGUGGCAAAGACAUGGAUCGCAAACCCAGUUUCUCCUCUACUUCCCCAAGAUCGCCUCAUCAGCCUCGUCACGCGCCUUCGACUCCGUCGCUACGUCACAGGAAUUUGCCGAAAUUACGGAGCCAAUCCUACGACGCAACUGCCGAUGAAUAA